UAACUCUCUCUCUCUCUCUCUGCUUCUUUGUCAUUUUUCUCAUCCUCUGGAGCUGGAGGGGUCAACCCCCCUCUCCUUCUCCCCACCUAAACCUUAUUUCUCCUUUCUCUCUCUCUCUCUCUCCUUUCAUGCUAACUGCUUCUCCACCACCGCCAUGUCCCAUCUCCGCCUCAUCCUCCUCUCGGCCGCCGUGUUCUCCCUCGUCUCCUCCACUCUCUCUCAGCCCUCUCCACCCUCCGCGAUCCUGAUCGACUGCGGCGCCUCCGUCUCAUCCGUAAUCAACGGCCGGAGAUGGCAACCCGACGAAGCUUUCAUCUCCACCGGAACCUCCAGAAACGUCUCUGAACAAGUGCUCGACCAAGUCUUGUCCACCGUCAGAUCCUUCCCUCUCAACAACAACCUCCUCCUCGGCCGCCGCAGCAAGUUCUGCUACGCCGUCGCCGUCUCCCGCGGCUGGAAGUACAUGGUCAGAACCACUUACUUCUACGGAGGAGUCAACGGGAAAGCCAACCCCCCGCCGGUGUUCGAUCAGAUCGUCGACGGGACGCUCUGGGGAGUCGUCAACACCACGGCGGACUACGCCGACGGCCUCGCUUCCUACUACGAAGGAGUGUUUCUGGCGCAGGGGAAGUCCUUAACCGUCUGCGUCGCUUCCAACUCUUACACAGCUUCUGAUCCUUUCAUCUCGGCCUUGGAGGUUGUUAGGCUCGACGGCACUGUUUACAACUCCACUGACUUCAGAGGUUAUGGGCUAAGCCUUGUUGCUAGGCAUGCUUUUGGUCACAGCGGACCACUCAUCAGGUUUCCGGAUGAUGAGUUUGAUAGGUUCUGGGAGCCGUACUCCAUCAACUCGACAGUACCAAACAAUCGGAAACUAGAGGUUUCGGGUUUCUGGAACCUCCCGCCUUCGAGGAUAUUCAACACGGAUCUAAGAGCUACUCAGGUUCAACCUCUGGAGUUCACAUGGCCUCCGCUGCCUUUAAAAAACUCUGUUUAUUAUAUCGCGCUCUACUUCGCUCACGACUCUGAUUCCCUCCCGGGCGGUGGUGGAUCUAGUAGAGUAUUUGAUGUUUCCGUGAACGGUGUAACGUAUUAUAGAGAGCUCUCUGUCACUCCGGCUGGCGCGGUUAUAUUCGCGAGCAGGUGGCCUCUCGAAGGUCUCACGACGUUAACUCUGAGUCCUAGAAGCGGCUCGACGCUUGCUCCUCUGAUCAAUGGUGGUGAGAUGUUUGAGGUGAUUGCUCUUGGAGGGAGAACUCUUGUUCGAGAUGCGACUGCUCUGAAUGCUAUUAAAGGUAGUUUCGAGAACGUACCGGUUGAUUGGAAUGGGGAUCCUUGUAUGCCUAAGAACUACUCUUGGACUGGAGUUACCUGCUCUGAAGGUCCCCGGAUACGAAUAGUAGCUUUGAACUUAACGAGUAUGGGACUUUCAGGUUCGUUAGCACCUGAAGUUGCAAGAUUAACAGCUUUGUCCUCUAUUUGGCUGGGAAACAAUUCUCUCUCGGGAAGUAUACCUGACAUGGGUUCACUCAAACUACUUGAAUCAGUGCACUUGGAAGACAAUCGUUUCAGUGGAACUUUUCCUUCAUUUUUCAGUGGAGUGCCACGCUUGCGAGAGCUGUUCUUGCAAAACAAUAACCUAACAGGCCAAGUUCCUAGCAAUCUUCUUCAGAAGCCAGGACUUUAUCUACGGACUUCUGGUAAUCCCUUUCUGACUCAACCGCCACGUUGAUUCAGCAUUCUAAGAAGAAGACGACAUUUGAGCUUGUGUUAUAUAGUUAGAGCUUGUGUGUAAAAUAGAAGCCUCACGUGUAUAAUUCUUAAUGCUUUAUUCUUUUAACACAUUGGGGGGACAAGGGAAUACUGAUUGCAUAUGUUGUGUAAUGAAAAAAAAACAUUAUGUUGUAUUAUGAAUCUUUAUGAUAAACGGAGUUUAUGUGGUUAA